AUGAUCGAGGUCAUCUGCAACGACCGCCUCGGCAAGAAAAUCCGCGUCAAGUGUAACGAGGACGACACGAUCGGCGACCUGAAGAAGCUCGUCGCGGCGCAGAGCGGCACGCGCCCGGAGAAGAUCCGCAUCCAGAAGUGGUACACGAUCUUCAAGGACCACAUCACGCUCGAGGACUACGAGAUCCACGACGGCAUGGGCCUCGAGCUCUACUACAACUGA